ACUCCGUCGGCUGUCACCGUCAAUUUGACUCACAAGUCUCAUUCUCAUUUCAUAUUUAUUAUAUAUAAAGCACAACACAAGUUAAAUUUAAAACAGAAUAUAUAGCUCCGAAUCUUGUUUGCUUAAUUUACGUUAAAGAAUUCAGAGUUCGGAGUCGUUAUAUUGCCGCCAAAACAUGAUAAUUGCUUAUAUUUAUAUAGACUUAAUUCCCAGAAUUUUAUAACUAUUUAAUAUUUUUUAUUGAUGUCAGAAAAAUAUAUAUUCUUAAACAAAUUACUAUCGCAAUGGCAGCUGAUAAAAGCUUAAAAUCAUAUGAAAACUGUUGCCGUACUUGUUUGAACGAAGAAACAACGUUUGAUAUAUUUAUGGAAACUUUAAAUUCUACCAACUUGGCGGAUAUUUUGAUAUCAUGUACCAGGUUAAAUAUACAAAAAGAAGAUUGUCUACCAAAAAAGAUGUGUGGCUGUUGUUACAAUUGCCUUAUGAGUUUUUAUCAUUUUCGUGAAAUUGCAGAGAAAGUAGAUACAAAAUUAAGAAAAAAUAUUCCAAGUAAUAAUAAUAUUAAUUGCUAUGAUAAUGUUGAUGUGAAUAAAUGUAAAGCGUUUGAAAUAAAAGGAGAACAUGACUUGGAUGUUGAUUACUACAUGUUCGAACCAAAGAUUGAAAUGAAUAAUGAAGAUAACCAAAUACUAGAUGAAAAUAAAAAUUUAGAUUUACACAAAGACACAAAUGCAACACAGAAUCUUACCAAAUUUUACGAAAAGGUAAAAAAAGAGAAGUAUAAAUGUGCAAAUUGUAAUAAAACAUUUAGAAAGUUAUCUAGACUUCAACAUCACGUCAAGAAACAUACUGUACAUGAUAAUUAUGAUUGUGAUGGAGGCAUUAACUCAAAAAGUCAUGAGGACAUAGAAACAGUUCGUCCAUUGAAUGAUAAUUCAAUUGCAAACGACAAUCCACAUUCAGAUAAUGGUUUUCCAUGCCGGAUUUGCCCUUCAAAGUUUAAAUCUACCAACUCCCUUUCAGCUCACAUGAGAAAACAUACAGAGAAAGGUAGAGUGAUAUCAUGUACAGAGUGUGGCAAGAUAUUUAAAAAAAUUAGUCAUUUAAAACGUCAUGAGGUUAUGCACAGUAGAAGUAAUUUUCACAAAUGUUCUCUUUGUCCAAGAUCCUUUCAUAGUGAAGAAAUUUUAAAGGGUCACAUGAACAAGCACAAUGGUAUCAAGCCUCACACUUGUCCAAUGUGUCCAAAGUCAUUUGCCCAUUUGUCAACAUUGACAUCUCAUAUUAAAGUUCAUAAGAAAGAUAAAUUUCUGUGUCCUACUUGUGGCAAGGAGUUUGAUUCCAGUGCAAAUUUAGACCAGCAUGUAAGGAGACACCUGGGAUUAAAGCAGUUUGAAUGCACAUUAUGUCCGAGGAAAUUUGUAAGUAAAGGUGAGUUAAAGUCGCACUCCGUCACACACACAGGAGAAAGGUCUUAUACUUGUGAUCAGUGUGGUGCCACAUUUACAAAGCGUAGCUCCCUUGGAAAACAUAAGUUACGACACUUAGGAAUCAAACCUCACCAGUGUGAAACAUGUUCAAUGAAAUUUUCAAGUAAGGAUCAUUUAAAGAGACAUAAUCGUAUCCAUACCGGGGAAAAACCGUAUAAAUGCGAUAUGUGUGAAAGAGCCUUUACACAAAGCAACGAUCUUGUGAAACAUCGCCGAGCCCAUUUAGGGGAGAAAAUUUAUAAAUGUACAGAAUGCAGUGAGAGCUUCAGACUCCAUAUUGAAUUGCGACAACAUUUAUCAGAACAUUAUAUUUCAUCACAACUUCAGAUUUCGAAUAAACAAAAUUUAGAAAAAGAUGGUGCUGCAAAAGUCGUAUCUAAUCCUGUGACAAGUGACAUAACAGAUGUCAUCAAUGACACGAGUGCACAGAUAAAUAAUUUGAUUCAAAUGAAAAAAUGAUUUUUAACCUAAACAAACUCAGAGCUCUUGGUGAAUAACAAGUAUGACGUCACUUGACCACAUUUUACAACGAAAGAAAAUACAAACAUAAUUUGUUUAAAUAAAUAUAUCUUUCCAAUACUGAUAAAAUAUUUACCAGGAAAGCGAAUAAAUGUAAAAAAAGUUAGAUCGUUUUCUGUUUGCUUAUAUGAACGUACUGACCUCACCUUAACAUAAACCAACAGAAUCCAGGAGAGAAAUUUAUUGAUUUAAUGAAUGUUUGUU